CACCCUCCGUCCAUCGCGAUCCACAUUGCCCACGCGCCGGCCCGACACCACCCCCACCCCCCCACUCCACCCUCCUUCUCUCCGCUGUUAAAUUUUAUUCAGUUUAAGUUAUCAAAUAAAAGCAGGGAGAGAGAGAGGAAUAAGGAUGAUGGGCGCCCAGUACCGGCUCGAACCGCCAUCCGCGCGAGAAGAGGUGGAGGCCCUCGUCCUCGCCCCCAACGAUCCCCACCCGCUUGCCGCCGCUCCCGCCACCCCCGCCGCCAUCCACGGUGGCGAUGCCCUCCUGUUCCCCACUCUCUGCCCACACUCCCUCUCCUCCUUCCUUGAUCCUCCCGCCUACGCCAACGUCGUCUUCUCUUCCUUCGACUCCCAGAAUGGCGCCUCCGGCUCCCAUCACUUCCCCGGCCGCGCUUGCUCCUCCUGCCUCGCCGCCGACGGCGCCGCGGUCGUCUCUGAUUACUUCAGGAUCACUGUCUCUGACCCCCAGAAGGAGGAGGAGACGGCCGGAUCCCUCGUCCCCGGCAGCGGCACCUGUGUGACCUACCUCAUCACCACCAAGAUCGACCUCCCCGACUCCUCCGGCGGUGGGGCGACGGAGUUCCGCGUCCGGCGGCGGUUCCGCGACGUGGUCACCCUCGCCGAUCGCCUCGCCAAGGCGUACAGGGGGUUCUUCAUCCCGCCCCGGCCCGACAAGAACGUGGUGGAGAGCCAGGUGAUGCACAAGCAUGAGUUCGUCGAGCAGCGGCGCUCCGCCCUCGAGAAGUACCUCCGCCGGCUUGCAGUGCACCCGGUGAUCGGGAAGAGCGAUGAGCUGAGGGUGUUCUUGAGGACGCCCGGGAAGCUGCCGUUGCCGGCGAGCACCGACGUGGCCUCGAGGAUGCUGGACGGGGUGGUGAUGUUCGGGGCGGGAGGAACGGGGUAUGCUACUCCGCAGGAUGCGUUGCAGCCGGCAAAGAGGGGCAGGAAUUUGUUGAGGAUAUUCAAGGAGCUGAAGCAGUCGGUGGCAAAUGACUGGGGAGGGGUGAAGCCGGCAAUGGUGCAGGAGGAUAACGAGUUCUUGGAGAGGAAGGAGAAGGUGCAGGACUUGGAGCAGCGGCUCAGCAUCGCCUCCCAGCAGGCUGAAGCACUUGUCAAAGCACAACAGGAUAUUGGAGAAACGAUGGGUGCGUUGGGAUUGGCAUUCAUCAAACUGGCAAAAUUUGAAACUAAGGCAACAUAUGAUUCUCAAAGAAUACGAGCUGCCGACAUUAAACAUUUAGCAACUACAGCUGUAAAAGCAAGCAGAUUUUAUUGUGAAUCAAAUGCACAGACAGUUAAACAUCUGGGUACACUCCAUGAAUAUUUGGGGCUGAUGCUAGCUGUUCACAGUGCAUUCUCAGACCGUUCCCAUGCUUUAUUAACUAUACAAACACUUCUGUCAGAUUUGUCUUCUUUGCAUGCGAAGGCAAAAAAACUUGAAGCUGCAUCCUCAAAGAUAUUUGGUGGUGACAAAUCUAAAAUUCGUCAAUUAGAAGAAUUGAAAGAAACAAUAAGAAUCACAGAAGAUGCUAAAAGUUGUGCGCUAAAAGAGUAUGAGCAGAUUAAGGAAAACAACAGAACUGAACUGGAGAGGCUAAAUAGAGAAAGACAUGAUGAUUUUGUGGCUAUGCUGAAAGGGUUUAUAAUUAAUCAGGUCGCGAAUGCAGAGAAGAUUGCGGAUAUUUGGGCAAGGGAAGCAGAAGAAACAAGAAGACAUGUGAAGGGGAGAGAUCGAAUUCGGAGGAUGAAAAAUUGAGCUUGUAAGUUCCUCUUCCAGUAGAGCCCCCUGGCUCUAGGUGAUCACAUGUUCACUGCAUCAGACGGCUUUGAUGACGCACUACCCAAUGCAUCAAGUACACCAUCCUUGAAGCCCAGCUGUAGUGCGGGACAGUAGUUGCUGCCCUCUGCUAUCAAGAUGAUGGAUCGGCUCACUUCCACAGCACCUGAGAACCAAUCCGGUGCUGCACCAUCAGAUGCACAGUGGUGCCAUCUCAUGAUCACUCGGUCUAAGGAUGGGAUCCAAAAGGCACAAGUGAAGUUCGGUUAGUUGCUAAGGACUUCCCAUAACAACAGGAUGUCGAUUUUAUCGAAACUUUUAGGCCUAUUGUCAAAAACACAAUAAUCUGGUUGCUCUUUAUCCUUGCCAUCUCCUCGGGUGGUCUCUACUGCAAAUAGACAUCUCGAAUACAUUCUUACAUGGUGAGCUAGAUGAGACUGUUUAGAUGGAACAACCACCAGAGUUCUAGCAUCUGCAACUUCCACUCAUGUUUGCCAGCUGAAGAAGUCCCUCUACGGACUGUGCCAGGCUUCGAGAGCAUGGUUCCAUCAGCUGGGGUCCUUCUUGGUAUAGCAUGAUUUUUCUGGUUCACAAACAGAUACUUCCUUGUUCUUCCAUUACAGUGAUACAGGCUCCAUUUACAUUCUAAUUUAUGUUGAUAAUAUCAUCA